AGUCUUCAGUCCACUGUAGUAUGAAGACCAAUUUUGAAAAGCUCCACUGACAGGGCAAGACGUAUCAACAAAUUCUUAACAUAGAACAUAAUCCAAUUAAAGAAUUAACCAAACCAAAACAAAGCUGAUAAGGCAAGUGGAGUUAAUACAGGGAGGAAGAGAAGAAGAAGAAGAAGAAGAAGAAGAAGAAAAAGCGAACCCGAAGAGAGGAAUAAUGGAAGAAUUUACAGACAAGGAGGAUUGGUUGGAUGUUAGCUCUGCGUUGAGGAGGGAGAAGAAGGAAGGAGUAAAGCAAACAGAAGGGCGGGGGGACGCCUCUUUUCUGCGUUACUGUUUACCCUGUGAACCUCUCACGAGGAAUCUGCUGCUCCUUUUACCUGCUUUCCCUUUACCUCUCCUUUUUAUCAUCUCUCUCAAAAACUCUCUCUUCCCACUAAAUACUUUCUCUUCCCACAUUCUGCUCUGCCUCACUACGCGAUCGCUCAGUCUGCUCAUUGAAGGUAUUUCCUUUCUUCUUAUGUGUAUCUUGUGCUGUGUAAAUUUUUGUUGCCCCCCCUCCAUGCGUAAAGUUCCUUGUGCUGCUCUUUCUGUAGUGGUUAGUUUAUUUUUGCUCCAAUCUGUCAUGGGUUUUGAUGAUACGAUAAGGGUCUUUGCUAAAGUUGGCGACUUGUUAGUGUUGUAUCUUAUGUGGGUUGAAUUCAAAGCUCGAGACUUUGCACUGUUGUCAAAUGAGAAUUAUGGUUGAAAAUAGCUUUAGUUGUUCAUAUAUUUGUCUCGAGCUCCUUAUUUGAAGAGACCCCAUUAAGUGUUUGUCUCGUGCAAUUCUUGUGGAUCCCAUUCUCUUUUUGUUUAUCUGUGUUUUCUUGGUCCUUUAGAUGGUGACAAUUAAAACAUGAUUGUGUGGCUUAUAGCUGCUGAUGGAUGGCAGUAUUGUUAUCUGGCUUUCUGUUUAAGUGAAAUGUUGUUAAUGUGUGAAGAUUUGUGAAUGUAGGUCAUACCGUUGCUUUGAGGAUCAUCUUGGUGCUGGUAAUAAGUUGGUGCAUUUGUGAAAGAAAGGGUCUGGUUCUAAAGGCUUGAGCGUAUGCCUGCAAACCAGUACCACGGUAACUCAACCCCGUACCCAGGUCGUGUGGAGCGGCUUCUAAGGGAAAGGGAGCUGAGAGAGCUGAGGAGAAGCAAUAGGGCUGAGGCGAAGGGUAAUCAUAGUCACAGGGGUGGUGAAUCAAGUGAAUUACUAGACUUCCGCUUCAGACAGAAUAGUGACCCUCAGAAGAGUUCCUACAUUGAACAGUACCUGGAAGAAGCUGCUGCUGCCACAAGGCAUGAUGUCAGGCCUUUAAGGCAGAGGUUGCUGGUGGUGGCUAAUCGGCUGCCGGUUUCUGCUGUUAGAAGAGGUGAAGAUGCUUGGUCUUUGGAAAUCAGUGCAGGAGGUCUUGUUACUGCUCUUCUCGGUGUGAAUGAUUUUGAGGCAAGAUGGAUAGGCUGGGCUGGUGUUAAUGUGCCUGAUGAGGUAGGACAGAAGGCACUUACAAAAGCUUUGGCUGAAAAAAGGUGCAUACCUGUAUUCCCUGACGAAGAGAUUGUCCAUCAAUAUUACAAUGGUUACUGCAACAAUAUACUGUGGCCUCUGUUUCACUAUCUUGGCCUUCCACAAGAAGAUCGCCUCGCGACAACAAGGAGCUUCCAGUCACAAUUUGCUGCAUAUAAGAAGGCCAAUCAGAUGUUUGCUGAUGUAGUGAAUAAGCACUACGAGGAUGGGGAUGUUGUUUGGUGCCAUGAUUACCAUCUUAUGUUCCUUCCAAAAUGCCUCAAGGAAUAUAACAGUAACAUGAAAGUUGGCUGGUUUCUCCACACGCAUUUUCCUUCCUCCGAAAUCCACAGGACACUGCCUUCUAGAUCAGAGCUACUCCGUUCAGUUCUCGCGGCAGAUUUAGUAGGAUUUCAUACAUAUGACUAUGCAAGGCACUUUGUUAGUGCUUGUACCCGUAUUCUUGGACUUGAAGGGACACCUGAAGGAGUUGAGGAUCAAGGCAAGCUAACUAGGGUGGCAGCUUUUCCAAUAGGGAUAGAUUCAGAAAGGUUUAUAUCAGCGCUUAAGCUCCCUAAGGUGCAGGAGCACAUAAAAGAACUGACGGAAAGGUUUCGUGGCCGUAAGGUGAUGCUAGGGGUUGAUCGUCUCGAUAUGAUUAAGGGAAUACCACAUAAGAUACUUGCAUUUGAGAAGUUUCUUGAGGAGAACCCUCUAUGGCGUGAUAAAGUUGUUCUGCUGCAAAUUGCUGUGCCAACAAGAACUGAUGUUCCUGAAUAUCAGAAACUUACAAGUCAGGUUCAUGAAAUCGUUGGGCGCAUUAAUGGCCGAUUUGGGACACUGACUGCUGUUCCAAUACAUCACCUGGAUCGGUCCUUGGAUUUUCUUGGCCUAUGUGCAUUAUAUGCUGUUACUGACGUAGCGAUUGUAACCUCAUUGCGAGAUGGAAUGAAUCUCGUUAGUUAUGAGUUUGUAGCAUGCCAAGAUUCAAAGAGAGGUGUUCUUAUUCUCAGCGAGUAUGCAGGUGCAGCACAAUCUCUAGGUGCCGGGGCAAUCCUUGUGAACCCUUGGAACAUUACCGAAGUUGCCGAUUCAAUUCGUCAAGCUUUGACCAUGUCUGCUGAGGAAGAGAGAAACGACACCAUCAUAAUUUUGACCAUGUUACAACCCACACAACUCAAGAAUGGGCAGAAAUGUUUGUGAGGUACCUCAUUAUCAUACAUUCUCAUAGAACUCAAAUUAUAUUUUAGAAUGCGUGGAUUCUCUAUGAUGAGUUCACGAAUUCUAUUUUGACCGAAGUUCAUACUUCAGAAAGUAUGUGUUCCUCCUUUGACAUGGAAUUACUGUAUCGAUAAUCGCAUACGUGAGAUUCUGACUCUGACCAUCUUAAAUUGCUGUAUUUUUUUCUGGACAGUGAGCUCAAUGAUACAGUGGUUGAGGCACAACUAAGGACGAGGCAAGUCCCACCCGGGCUUCCACAGGGAGAUGCGAUUGAAUGUUAUCUCAACUCCCACAAUCGAUUGCUCAUACUGGUAUGCUUUCAACCCUUAAGCCUUUGUCUUUGUGCCCCAGUUUGUCCAUUUCAAAAACAUCGCCUCGAGAAAAGGACUAGAAUUGUUUCUAAAAUACUUAUAGAACUGAACAUAUCCUAGAUUGAAGAAUGCACCAUUUUUCUUUCGUGGGACCGACUUCUCUGGAGUGCAUUUUCAAAUGCUUACAACCCUCGUGUAUUUUUUUUAAUGAAAACUACCCUCGUGUAUUUGAGUUGCAUCAUUCUAAUUCAUUUGAGAUUACAGUGCCUAAUACACUCAAACAAAUCAAAAGUGUCAAC